CCUCCAAUGAUGCGAACAGAUCUGGUUUGAAAGAAGAGCCGCAGCUGGGGGUUAUAUCCUCCUCUCCACUCUUUUGUAGUCUACAAUCUCUCUUUUGAUUAUUCUCAACAGUAACAAUGACAUCCUUGCGAAGUUUCCUCUGUCUCUGCCUGUUGGCAAGUGUGGCAUUCAUGGCCGAUGCCUUUGCUCCAAACCAUGGCCCUUCCACCAAGACUCUUUCGGUCAAGCCUUCUUUGUCAACCCUCCAAGCGGCUCCAGUCGACGUAAUGCUCACAACAUCCACAGCAGCAGCAACUACUACCAAUGUGGCGGCAACGACCUUGGAUCCAACCACAUUUUUGACGGACAUCUUGGGAGUUUUUAUCAACAGCAACGCUAUUUUGGCAGUUCCUGUGAUUGCGGCACUCGGCGUGGCAUCCUUGAUUGCGUGGGGCAUUGUCGCAUACGCCAGUCCUGCCGAACCAGAAGAAGAUGAUGUGUAAUUAAACACAAACACAAAUGCUUUCGGAAUCAGAGAAAAAGAUACCCUAAAACAACAAUUUGCAGCUUGUAAAAAAUCUUUUGUUGGCAGAUCCGACUCGAGUCCAGAUAAUUCGGAUGGAGCAGACUUGUAUAAAGAUCACCCUGGACGUUUGAGGUCAAGAAAGGAUACGGAAUAUAACAAGUAGCAAAUCCACAUAUCAAUC